CAGCUUGGCACUCCACUUAUUAGCUGGGAAGAUAGCUAGCUCGACCGAUGGCGAGGUGGAGCACCGUUACUGCCGCAAUGGCGUGCCGCUUCCUGCUCGUCGCCCUCCUCCUUGUGGUGGCGCCGCUAGCACCGGCUGACGCGAGAGACAUCCCUGCCACCGCCACCGCCAAGACCGCAAAGACAACUGCAACGACCACGACUACUAAGAGCGUCGCUGCGGUGGUGGCCGCGCCGGCCACCGCCACCGCCAAGACGACGACGACAACAGCAAUGACGACCACGAGUGCUAAGAGCGUCGGCGUGGCUGCGGCCGCACCGGCCGGCCUCGGCGACCAGAAGACCUUCCUGGGCAGCGGCCUGGGCGGAGGGUACGGCGGUGGUGUCGGGGGAUUCGCUGGCGCCGACGGGGUGGGAGGCCUGGGCGGAGCGAUGGGUGGCAUCAGCGGCGUCCUCGGAGGAGUUGGUGGCGGCGUGGGAGGGAUCGGGGGCGUAGGUGGCCUCGCUGGCGUGGGAGGCGUCGGUGGGCUAGGCGGGGCCGGCGGUGGCGUUGGAGGACUUGGCGGCGCGGGCGGGCUCGGUGGCCUCGGCGGUGGUGGUGCAGGUGGCCUCGGCGGUCUGGGCGGCGGCUCCGGUGGACUUGGUGGCCUUGGCGGUGGCUCGGGCGGACUUGGUGGACUCGGCGGUGGAGGAGGCGGCCUUGGUGGCGUCGGCGGUGGAGGAGGCGGCCUUGGUGGGCUCGGCGGUGGAGGCGGCGGGCUCGGCGGUGGAGGACUCGGAGGUGGUGCCGGUGGACUCGGCGAUGGCUGCAUCCACCCGUGACCGUGACAUAGAUCACGGUGCAUGCAGUACGUACGUUGCAUGCAUGCAUGCAUGCGGAGGGGCAACGGUCAAGGUCGAAGUAGGGUCAACGCUGCAUGCAUGCAGGCCAGAUUGUCAGUAGGAAGUGUAUCCACGUGUUGAUGAUGUGAUGUUGAAAUAAGCAUGCACGUACGUGUA